AUGUCUGCCAACGACAACACUUCCACUCUCAAGUCGGUCACCGAUGCCAUCACUGGCACCGCCCAAAACGUCCUCGGCAGUAUCACUGGCAGCACCGGUGACCAGGUUCAGGGCCAGGCCAAGAAGGAUAAGGCUGAUGCCGAGUACAACGCCUCGCAAGCUACUGCCAAGGGCCCCGGCUUCACUGCUUCGUCCUCUGGUGCCGUCACCGCAGACGACCCUGACCGCGCCAAGGGUUCCUACAACCAGACUAUGGGCGCCGCCAAGGAGACUGUUGGCGGACUUCUCGGUGCCGAGGGCCUCAAGCAAUCCGGACGUCAACAGAACCUCGAAGGCCAGCAGCAAGAGGCCAAGGGUCAGGUCAACGACUACACGAGCGGCAUUGGCGACCGCAUCAGCGGCACUGUCGGUGGAGCCGUCGCUGGUCUGACCGGUAACAAGGCUGCCCAGGCCGAGUACCAGGCUCAGCACGAUCAGGGCAAGACUCAGCAGCGUGGUGCUGAACACGACAUCCUCAAGCAGGCGGAGGCUGACCGCCAGUAA